UAGAGAAAGAGGAAGAGAGAGGUUCAAUCAGUCUUUGAUACCCAAAAUCUCAUCGUUCUUAUAAUUUUACAUGCUUUUCAUUCCCAGAAACAAUACCCAUUCCUCAUAUACCCCAACUCUGAUUCUCUCUUGCUUCACUUUAAUUUUCUCUGUCUUUAAACCCUCUGUGCUAUCAGAGCUACAGAGUGUGGUUCUCACAUGUGAUGCUGGAAUCUAACAUGCAUGGUCUGGCUGCUUUGAAUUGAAUCUCACAUAAUUGGACUUGUCAUUAAGUGUACAUUAAGAGGUAGGUAAUGGCCCGGAAGGCUAAUCAACCGAAGAAUGGGGUUGAACAACGCCAGACAUCAAAGCAGAAAAAGAAGGGUUCGGAAUCAGGGGGUGCACCUGCAGAAACAAAAGCUAAUGGGAAAGCAAGUGAAGUGAAAGUUUUCCCUGGAGAUGAAAUCUCAAAUGGUGAGCAGCCAAGCAGUCCUCUUGCAGCAGGUGUGAGUAAUGCCGGAGAUGAGAAUAUAAGCAAGCAGAAAUCUGGGAAGGUUUUGAGAAAAGAGAAGCAAGGGAAGGAUCCAAUGCCGGGUCAGGGGCAGUCAGCAUCUUCAGGAGGUGAUAUGGGAAAUUGCAAUGGAAAUAGUGAAGGUCCAAGUGUAAGAGAGCAUAAUGGACCAUUACCUCAUAGUGAAAUACGUCGCAAGCACGCAAAAAGAAAAUCAGGUUACUCAUUGAAUCGGCGUGUAAAAUAUUUGAUGGAGAAGAUAGAGUCUUCAGAUAGCGUAUUGAUUAGAAAUUUGAGGGCAUCAACUUUGUCCUUCUUGAAGGUGGCUAAUCAAUGGCUGCAGAGGCACAAGCCAAUGCUUCUGACUAUAACAAGUAAAGUACAGAUUGGUCGUGAUUAUGUCAAAACAAAGGUUGAUCAGGCAUAUCCUGUGCUUAGGAAGUGGCUUAUUCAGCUUGGGAGUGUGCUGUUUAUUAUAUCAAUGCUGUGGUUGGAUUUUACCUUAAGGGGUAUAGAUUCCUUUGUACGCAUGGGGACAACAUCCUUGUUUUCAGUGAUAUGGUUCAGCCUUCUCUCAGUAGUUUCUAUGGUUGGGAUGUUUAAAUUCCUGAUUGUCUUGGUCUCAGCAGUUUUAAUUGGAGUCUUCAUUGGGUUUAUGCUUGCAAUUUUAUUGGUUGCUCUUGCUGGAGCUCUUUUCUUGUGGCUAUAUGGAAGCUUUUGGACAACAUUACUUGUAAUCUUCUUUGGAGGUUUGGCAUUUACUCUGAGCCAUGAGCGGGUUGCACUGUUGAUUACAACUGUGUAUUCCAUGUAUUGUGCUUGGACGUAUGUUGGAUGGUUUGGUGUGCUUUUGGGGUUAAAUUUAUCUUUUAUCUCAAGUGAUUGUCUAAUAUAUUUCUUAAAGAACAAUGUAAAUCACAAUACAAGUCCUACUGGAUCCCCUGAACAAACAUCAGGAAUGCACAAUCAACAAGGCUUCUUUGAUGGUGAGCAUGUGCAUGCCUCAUCCUCAGAAAAUGGCCCAUGGUUUUCUGCUGAUCGUAGCCCUGGAGUGCCUUCAACCAGUGGGGCUGAUUCUGAGUUAACAUCUGAAGAUGAAAUUGUUCGGCUGCUAAGCUGUACUGACCACUAUUCCGUGCUGGGAUUUGCCCGGUAUGAAGAAAUAGAUAUUACUUUACUGAAGCGAGAGUAUAAGAAAAAGGCAAUGUUGGUCCAUCCUGAUAAAAAUAUGGGAAAUGAAAAAGCUGCUGAAGCUUUCAAGAAACUACAGAAUGCAUAUGAGGUUUUACUUGAUUCCUUAAAGCGAAAAGCAUACGAUGAUGAGUUAAGGAGCCAGGAACUGCUGAACAUUUUCCGUAGGUUUAAAAGCACUUCGCAAAAGAAUGGUGGAAACGGUUUCUUCCCCUCUGGAUUUGGAAGCCCAGAGGCUGAUGGCGAGGACCCAAUAGGAGAGGCAAGGUGCAUCGCCUGCAAUAAGUGCAACAACUUCCAUACCUGGUUACUAACCAGAAAAGUAAAAUCUAGAGCGAGAUGGUGCCAGGAUUGCAAAGAUUUUCAUCAAGCAAAAGAUGGUGAUGGAUGGGUUGAACAAUCUUCACAACCUUUCAUCUUUGGAUUAUUGCAGAAGGUAAAUACUCCAUCGGCAUUUGUUUGUGCAGAUAGCAAGAUAUAUAAUGCUAGCGAGUGGUAUAUUUGUCAGGGAAUGAGAUGUCCAGCCAACACUCACAAACCUAGUUUUCAUGUGAACACUAGUGUAACGUCUACGAAGCAUUCCGGAAAGGGAACAAGUUCAGGACAAAGAGGUGGGCGGAUGCCGGCCUCUGUGGAAGGGUGCAUGACAGAGGAAGAAUUUGUUGAGUGGCUACAAGAUGCAAUGCAAACAGGCAUGCAUGAGAAUUUUAGUGCCGGCACCUCCACUGAGAGCCCAUUUACCAGAUCUGGAAGUGGUACCAAGACUAGUGGCAGUGCAAACAAGAGAAAGAAAAAGGGAAAGAAAUGGAGCCAGGAGGCCAGGAUUAGGUGACUUGUGCUAUACUCGGUUAAUCCAAUGUAACACAAUCAUGUUACUUACUGUAUGCAUUCUGAGGAAAAUCAGUAAUAUGCUCAAAUCCACUUGCACUUGACGAGAAGGGAAAACAACGAGAAUAGGCCUCUUGUAAUGCACAAAGCUUUUAGAACAGCUGAAUCAUAUCCCAUAUUUUACAAUGCAUCAGUUGUGAUGCUUUGAUAUUGCAAAGAACCAAUGACCUAGAUGCAGAAUGAUGUUCGUUAGAAAGUUCUGGCAGGCACUCCAUUCGAAACUUGAAAACAUGCAAGUUUCCAACUCUUGAACUCUUCUAUGCAGUUGGUUCUCUGACCCUUCUUCCUUCAGUUGGCUACUUGAGCUUUCUUUAUGCAGUUGAUUAUUUGAGCCUGGUAUGCACAUGAGUUCUGAACUCUGAAGUCUGAACUCUCAAAAGCUUUU